ACGAAUCAAAAACUGAAAGCCAGCCAGAGAAAUUGGUACGAGCAAAGCCAAAAACACACUCAAAGUUCUUCCAUAUCAAAAUCAAUUCAAACCCUAAAAAAUUGCGCAUCUCUGAUUCUCUUCUUCGUAUGUUCAGGUUUGAAUGUUUGAGUGCAUACCAAUACUUUGAACAAUUUGGGGGACUAAGAGAGAGAGAGAGCAGUUCCCUUUCUUGGUCCCCUUCAGAUGAGUUUCUUUUUCAAUUUGAUGCAUGAUGAAGUAUUGUUACAUAGUAUACUAACUAACUAAUGAGCUCAUUAAGCUUGCACCUCCAGUCCCCAUUUCAUGGGACUCCACUUUCAGCUGCUUUAAUUGCUCGAAAACAUACCAAAACUUCAUUCUAUUUUGGUGGCAGAAAACAGUUGUUACCAUCUUUAUCACCAAGAAGGUCGUUUCGUCAAUGUAAUUGUAGUGCGAACAAGCCUAACAGUAGUAAUAAUCGAAAUAACUGGAUUACCCGUGCUGUUAAAUUUUCUAAUUUUUGUGGUAAGUAUGUAAUUUUUUUAAGUGAUGCUAUUGGUUCAAGAAAUGGGAUUAAGGUAGAAUGUGUUAGUGAGCCUUUUACUCAGAGUAAAGCUCUUGUUGCGAGAUCAUUAGCUCCUUUGUGGAAAGAAGGGCUGCUUUUAGUUAGAGGUUCAAUCUGUGUGGCGGUUUUAUCUGGGGUUUGUUUAUUAGUGUGGUAUGGGCAGAAAAAAGCUAAGAGUUAUGUUGAGGCUAAGCUUUUGCCUUCUGUUUGUUCAGUUCUUAGUGAUUAUAUUCAGCGUGAGAUUGAUUUUGGUAAGGUUCGAGGGGUUUCUCCUUUGAGUAUAACUUUGGAGUCAUGCUCGAUUGGACCGCAUGCAGAAGAAUUUUCUUGUGGUGAGGUUGCUACGAUGAAGCUUAGACUCUGUCCUUUUGCAAGUUUGAGGAGAGGAAAGAUUGUAAUUGAUGCGGUGUUGUCUCAUCCAAGUUUACUUAUUGUGCAAAAGAAGGACUAUUCUUGGUUAGGUUUACCUUCAUCUGAUGGUGGUCUGGAACGGCACUUAUCUACUGAAGAUGGGAUUGAUUAUCGUACCAAAGCAAGGAGGAUUUCCAGGGAGGAAGCAGCUGCUCGUUGGGCUGGGGAGAGGGAUAAUCAUGCAAAGGAAGCAGCAGAGAAGGGCUAUGUUGCUCCUGAGAGAUAUUCCAGUUUAUCGGAAAAUUUUGUUUCUAAGGAGGAUCUAACGCGGUCUAUAAAUAUAACAAAUUACGAAUCUUUCUUAUGCAUGGAUGAAAAGAUGCAUUGGACGGACCAUCACUGUAUGGAUACAGGUCUUGAUUAUGAUAUGAAACAUGCUGAUUUGGAGAAAUCUUUUGGUGUAAAAUUUCCAGGUUCAGGUCUUAAAUUCUGGUCUAGCAUGAUCGAAGGACCCAAAAGACGCAUAUUUAAGAGGAAGGCUAACGGGGCUGAUAUAUCAGCAGCUGGUGUAAAUGCUAAAAGACGAAUCCUUGAACGUAGUGCGUCAGCAGCGUCUGCAUAUUUUCAUGGUCUUUCUAGUGGAAAGGAUAAUCAGCCUUCUCAACCAUCUCAUGACAAUCCUCUUAUGAAUCUUGACACCCUUUUGGGACAAAGCCACACUGCUAAUACUGCAGACAUAAAUAACUUUGAAAGCAGUGGUGAAGAAUGUUUAACUGCGAACAGUCAGGAUGAAGAACAUUAUAAAAAUUUUGCAAUAUGGUCCUCUACUGUAAACCAACAUUAUAAUAGUCAUACAUAUGAUUUUAAUCUUAUGCGUAAUCCUUUUUUUGGGACUCUAUAUAGACUUAUAGAAAUUGCAAAAGUUGUUGAAAAUUUUCCUUCUAUUAGAAAAGUGGCGGGGGAUGCUAAAACCGAUAGUGUAAAGAGUGACAAUUUGAGUAGAUAUAUGGAUGCACAUUCACCUGAGAUUGAAAACAGUAAUGCAUCUGAAGAUAGUAGUCCUGAAAAGCUUGAGCCAGGGCCUGCAACUAGUCAUCCAGUCCCAACUUCUAACCUGAGUUCCUCCACUUCUUUUCCAAGACAUAUCAGGGAAUCAUUGCAUCAGUUUUUUACCGGUCCAAUUCAAAACUUGAAGUCAGGUGUCGGUACAAAAGUUGAAGAUAUUUUCGCAGAGCUUGUAGACGGGGUGGAUCUAUUACAGACUGAAGGCAUCGAGAAGAUGCUUCCAAUUUUAUUGGAUUCUGUUCAUUUCAAAGGGGGAACACUGAUGCUUCUUGCAUAUGGUGAUAGGGAGCCUAGAGAGAUGGAGAAUGUCAAAGGACUUGUGAAGUUCCAAAAUCACUAUUCUGGCGUGCAUGUCCAGUUGAGUGGCAACUGUAAGAUGUGGGAAUCUGAUGCACCAUCUGAAGAUGGUGGCUGGCUAUCUGCUGAUGUUUUUGUUGAUAGCGUGGAGCAAAAUUGGCAUGCAAAUUUAAAAAUUGCCAAACUCUUUGCCCCGCUUUUUGAAAGGAUCCUAGAUAUUCCAAUUGCUUGGUUCAAAGGGAGAGCCACUGGUGAGGUUCAUAUUUGCAUGUCAAGAGGGGAAACAUUUCCUAAUCUUCAUGGCCAGCUUGAUGUUACAGGAAUAGCCUUCCAAAUAUAUGAUGCUCCGUCGUCAUUCUCUGACAUUUCAGCAAGUUUAUGUUUUCGUGGUCAACGGAUAUUCUUACACAACACAAGUGGCUGGUUCGGUAAUGUUCCUAUAGAAGCUUCCGGAGAUUUUGGCAUUCAUCCGGAGGAAGGAGAGUUUCACCUAAUGUGUCAGGUAUCUAGCGUAGAAGUAAAUUCCCUGAUGAAAACAUUUAAGAUGAGACCUCUAUUGUUUCCAUUAGCAGGUUCUGUAACUGCUAUAUUUAACUGUCAAGGCCCUCUGGACGCUCCUAUAUUUGUGGGAAGUGGAAUGGUUUCCAGGAAGAUAUCUAGUUCAGUUUCAGAUGUCCCUGAGUCUGCUGCAUAUGAAGCAAUGUUGAAAAGCAAAGAGGCUGGUGGUGUGGCAGCAUUUGACCGUAUUCCAUUUUCAUAUUUGUCAGCUAACUUCACCUUUAACACUGAUAAUUGCGUUGCUGACUUGUAUGGAAUUCGAGCUAGCCUUGUGGAUGGUGGUGAAAUUCGGGGGGCCGGAAAUGCAUGGAUUUGCCCUGAGGGUGAGGUGGAUGAUACGGCGAUGGAUGUAAAUUUCUCUGGCAAUCUGGCCUUUGAUAAGAUUAUGAAUCGAUAUAUUCCUGGCUACCUUCAGCUGAUGCCACUAAAACUGGGGGAGCUGGCAGGAGAAACAAAACUCUCUGGAUCCCUUUUGAAACCGAGGUUUGACAUCAAGUGGAUUGCACCAAAAGCUGAAGGAUCAUUUACUGAUGCUCGAGGAGAUAUCAUGAUCUCACAUGAUUAUAUAACCGUGAAUUCAUCAUCUGUCGCUUUUGAGUUGUACUCAAAGAUCCAAACAAAUUAUUCUGAUGAUUACUGUCUUGACAGAAAAGAGUUUGAUGCAAAUAGCAGCAGACCAUUUACUGUUGAAGGAGUUGAGUUGGAUCUACGUAUGCGUGGUUUUGAGUUUUUCAGCCUGGUCUCAUCUUAUCCUUUUGAUUCUCCAAGACCUACACACUUGAAAGCAACUGGAAAAAUCAAAUUUCAGGGAAAGGUUUUGAAGUCUCUUAGUAUUGCCAAUGAACAAGAUUUUCCUUUGGAGAAGGAUAUGCACCUAGAACAAACAGAGAGGAGCAAAGAAAGUCUUGCUGGCGAGCUGUCAGUAUCAGGCCUUAGAUUGAAUCAGCUGAUGCUAGCACCUCAGUUAGUGGGGCGGUUGGGCAUUUCACGUGAUCAUAUCAAGUUGGAUGCCAUAGGUAGGCCAGAUGAGAGUCUUUCAGUUGAGGUUAUGGGGCCAUUACAACCUAGAUGUGAAGAAAACCCAGAAAGUGAAAAAUUGUUGUCUUUUUCUCUUCAGAAGGGGCAACUGAGAGUUAAUUUCUCAUUUCAACCGCUACAUUCUGCUACUAUGGAGGUACGCAAUCUUCCACUUGAUGAGUUGGAGUUGGCUUCACUUAGGGGAACAGUCCAAAGAGCAGAAAUUCAGCUUAAUCUUCAGAAAAGAAGAGGUCAUGGUGUGUUAUCUGUACUUCGCCCGAAAUUUAGCGGCGUGCUUGGUGAAGCCUUGGAUGUUGCUGCUAGAUGGAGUGGAGAUGUUAUCACAGUUGAGAAAAGUGUUUUGGAACAAAUCAAUAGCUGUUAUGAGCUUCAAGGUGAAUACGUGUUGCCUGGCAGCAGAGAUAGAAACCUUGCUGGAAAGGAAAGAGGUGGCCUCUUCAAAAGGGCAAUGACCGGGCAGCUGGGAAGCGUCAUAUCUUCCAUGGGAAGGUGGAGAAUGAGACUUGAAGUUCCUCGAGCUGAGGUAGCUGAGAUGCUUCCACUUGCAAGACUUCUAUCUCGAAGUACAGAUCCUGCAGUUCGAUCUAGAUCAAAGGAUCUUUUCAUUCAAAGUUUGCAGUCUGUUGCAUUAUAUCCUGAGAGUCUUCAAGACUUGCUCGAGGUAAUAAGGGAACAUUAUACUUCAUCAAAUGAUGUUGUUCUAGAAGACCUAACUCUCCCGGGUUUGGCUGAACUUAAAGGUCGCUGGCAUGGAUCUCUUGAUGCUAGUGGUGGAGGAAAUGGAGACACCACGGCUGACUUUGAUUUUCAUGGGGAAGAGUGGGAAUGGGGGGCCUACAAAACUCAGCGUGUUCUAGCUGCUGGUGCAUACAGCAACAACGAUGGCUUACGGCUUGAGAAGAUAUUUAUCCAAAAGGAUAAUGCCACAGUCCACGCUGAUGGCACUAUGUUAGGGCCCAAAACCAAUCUUCAUUUUGCUGUUCUCAAUUUUCCUGUUAGUUUAGUUCCUACUGCAGUUCAGGUCAUUGAGUCUUCAGCUGCUGAUACCGUGCACUCAUUGCGGCAACUUUUAGCGCCAAUUCGAGGUAUAUUGCAUAUGGAAGGAGAUCUCAGAGGAAGUCUUGCAAAACCAGAAUGUGAUGUGCAAGUAAGGCUCUUGGAUGGUGCCAUUGGAGGCAUUGAUAUUGGACGAGCUGAAAUUGUUGCUUCCCUAACCUCGACCAGUCGUUUUCUUUUCAAUGCCAAACUGGAACCGGUCAUCCAAAAUGGCCAUGUACAUAUCCAAGGAAGUAUUCCUAUCAAGUUUGUGCAAAAUAACUCAUCAGAGGAAGAAGUCACAGAAAUAGAUAAAAGUGGAGCAGGUUGGGUUCCUGGUUGGGUUAAGGACAGAAAUAGAACAUCUGUUGAUGAAAUAAGUGAGAAGAAAGUUUUUAGAGAUAAGAAUGAAGAAGGUUGGAGUACUCAAUUAGCAGAAAGCCUAAAGGUCUUAAAUUGGAAUUUCUUAGAUGUUGGCGAAGUAAGGAUUGAUGCUGAUGUCAAGGAUGGAGGAAUGAUGAUGCUGACAGCUUUAUCUCCUUAUGUGGACUGGCUUCAUGGUAAUGCUGACGUUAUGCUGGAGGUCAGAGGCACAGUUGAACAACCUGUGCUUGAUGGAUUUGCAUCCUUCCACAGAGCAUCAAUUUCUUCCCCAGUACUUCGAAAACCACUUACAAACUUUGGUGGGACAGUACAUGUAAAAUCCAAUAGGUUAUGCAUUGCUUCACUUGAGAGUCGUGUAAGCAGAUGGGGAAAGCUUCUUGUGAAAGGCAAUCUGCCCCUAAGAACAAGUGAAGCAUCCCAUGGAGAUAAGAUUGACUUGAAAUGUGAAGCCUUGGAAGUAAGGGCAAAGAAUAUUUUGAGUGGCCAGGUUGACACCCAGUUGCAAAUAGCUGGUUCAAUACUACAACCAAACAUCUCAGGAAAUAUUAAAUUGAGCCAUGGAGAAGCAUAUCUACCACAUGAUAAGGGUAGUGGAGGCUCUCCUUUUAAUCGUUUGGCAUCAAACCAGUCCAGGCUUCCAGUAAGGGGAUUGAAUCGGGCAGUUGCAUCUAGAUAUGUCUCGCGGUUUUUCAGCUCAGAACCUGCUUCUUCAAGCACCAAAUUCUCUCAAACCACUGCUAAAUCAACUGAAGUGGAAAAGGACAUGGAGCAGCUUAGCAUUAAACCUAAUGUAGAUGUUCGUCUUAGUGAUUUGAAGCUUGUCUUAGGACCAGAGUUGAGGAUAGUUUAUCCUUUGAUUCUCAAUUUUGCUAUUAGUGGAGAACUUGAGCUAAAUGGCUUGGCUCAUCCCAAAUGGAUUAAACCUAAAGGUGUUCUCACAUUUGAAAACGGUGAUGUUAAUCUUGUUGCAACUCAGGUAAGGCUAAAACGGGAGCAUCUAAAUGUAGCAAAAUUUGAGCCUGAGCAUGGACUAGAUCCUAUGCUAGACUUGGCGUUGGUUGGGUCUGAGUGGCAAUUCAGGAUUCAAAGCCGGGCUAGCAAUUGGCAAGACAAACUUGUGGUGACCUCAACACGUUCUGUGGAGCAGGAUGCCCUCUCACCUAAUGAGGCUGCUAGAGUAUUUGAGAGUCAAUUAGCAGAAUCCAUAUUGGAGGGUGAUGGCCAGCUUGCAUUUAAAAAGCUUGCAACUGCAACACUUGAAACGCUGAUGCCAAGAAUAGAAGGGAAGGGAGAAUUUGGCCAGGCUCGAUGGAGAUUAGUCUACGCCCCACAGAUUCCUAGUCUGCUUUCUGUUGAUCCUACCGUUGAUCCUCUGAAAUCAUUGGCCAAUAAUAUUUCAUUUGGCACUGAAGUCGAAGUGCAGCUUGGGAAACGUCUUCAGGCUUCCAUUGUUAGGCAGAUGAAGGACUCAGAAAUGGCGAUGCAAUGGACUUUGAUAUAUCAGCUUACAAGCCGCUUGAGAGUGCUCCUGCAAUCUGCUCCUUCAAAACGCCUUCUUUUCGAAUAUUCUGCUACAUCACAGGACUAAACGACGGCCACCAUUUGCUGGCUUGUCGACAACUGUUCCAGUGGUGUUGUGAUUAGUCAAUGCUAUGGUUGUGGCAUACAAUGUCCACACCAAAUUUAGUUAAAUCUGGUUGUAAAGAGAACAAAAAGAUAGAAGAUUAACGUUAGAUGUAAAUAUGUCAUUAUUCUUUGCUCAGAAAUGAAUGAGCUUGUUUAUAUGUGAAAAACUUGAUUUUUUUUGCA